UUCAUCACGUGACUAAACACAGACCACGGAAGUGAAAGUAAACAGGGCGCCAGAGGAAGAGAGUGCGACAGAUGUAUAUUUUUGCUGACAUACAGUUUGUGAUGACAUGGCCACUGGCACGUCAAGUAGAACAGGCAUCAAUCCUGUCCCACCAAAAUCAGAGUUGAAUUUGAAAGUAGAGAAUGUGCAGCUAAACCUAAAUCUGCAGACUGAGAACAAAGGCUCCCUUGUGUCAGGCGGAGAGUUGACCGUGUGCCUAGAUGGAUUGGCUGUUGAUCUAGGAAGUUUGCCUAACGGCAAUGCAGUAACAGACACCUCACACAAAAAUAGAAACAAUGAUAGUAGCCAGUCUGAAGACCAAGUUUCUUUGGCCAGCACAACAGGAGUGAGUGAGAGACACUUAACAGAAGAUUGCAGAACUGGACCAGUCAUUAAUGGUGAGGGGUCUGUAGAUGAAGAACCGAGUACUGGACAUAGACAAAGUCAGAAAUCUCCUACCAAGGUCCUUUCUGAACAAAACAAUAUACCCCUUCAAGUAAAUGGAGAGUCCAACACUAAUUCCAUUGAGAAUGGCAGAAACAGCCCAUCUUGUGGGGUACUUCCAUCAUCUCCUGCAACGUCACUUUCUAGUCAACCUCAGAAUGGAAAUGCAACUAGAACGGUCCAUCCAGAAGAAACAAACCUUCCUGUCUCAGCUGACUCUACCGAACAGCUAGCAGCAGUAAUCAAGAAUCUGGAUGCCUUACCACAAGGAUGGGAACAGAGAGUCCAUCCCAAUGGACGAGUAUACUAUGUUGAUCAUAACACAAGGACCACCACCUGGGAAAGACCUCUACCUCCUGGUUGGGAAAAACGUGUUGACCAGCGUGGCAGGUUUUACUAUGUGGAUCACAAUACAAGGACUACCACUUGGCAGAGACCAACAGCUGAAUCAGUACAAAAUUAUGAGCAGUGGCAGUCUCAAAGGAACCAACUCCAGGGAGCGAUGCAGCAAUUCAGCCAAAGAUUCCUUUACCAGUCGUCUGGAGUCUCUAGCGACAGUGAUCCACUUGGCCCCCUACCUCAAGGCUGGGAAAAACGACAGGAUAAUGGAAGAGUGUACUUUGUUAACCAUAACACACAUACAACCCAAUGGGAAGACCCCAGAACCCAAGGGAUGAUUCAGGAGCCACCACUCCCUCCUGGAUGGGAAAUGAAAUACACAAAUGAAGGUGUUAGGUACUUUGUUGACCAUAAUACCCGGACCACCACCUUUAAAGAUCCAAGACCUGGAUUUGAUUCAGGUUCAAAACAAGGGGGAUCUCCAGGAGCAUAUGAUCGCAGUUUUAGGUGGAAGUAUCAUCAGUUCCGUUUUCUGUGUCAUUCCAAUGCACUCCCAAGUCAUGUAAAAAUCAGUGUUUCCAGGUUAACAUUAUUUGAAGAUUCUUUUCAGCAGAUCAUGAAUAUGAAAGCAUAUGACUUGCGUCGGAGACUAUAUGUAAUAAUGCGAGGUGAAGAAGGUCUGGACUAUGGUGGAAUUGCAAGAGAAUGGUUUUUCUUAUUAUCCCAUGAGGUUCUGAAUCCAAUGUACUGCUUGUUUGAGUAUGCUGGAAAAAAUAAUUAUUGCCUGCAGAUCAAUCCAGCUUCUUCAAUCAAUCCUGAUCACUUGGCCUACUUCAGGUUUAUUGGCAGGUUUAUAGCCAUGGCUUUGUAUCAUGGUAAAUUUAUAGACACAGGAUUUACUUUACCCUUUUACAAGCGUAUGUUGAACAGAAAGCCAACACUGAAAGACCUGGAAUCAAUUGACCUGGAGUUUUAUAAUUCUAUCAUGUGGGUUAAGGACAACAAUCUAGAAGAGUGUGGAGUUGAACUUUAUUUUGCCCAAGACAUGGAAAUACUUGGAAAAGUGACCACCCAUGAGCUGAAAGCAGAUGGUGAAAAUAUCUUGGUGACUGAGGAGAACAAAGAAGAAUAUAUCAGAUUACUCACAGACUGGAGAUUUACUCGAGGAGUUGAAGAACAGACAAAGGCUUUUCUUGAUGGAUUCAAUGAGGUUGUUCCCCUUGAAUGGCUGAGAUACUUUGAUGAAAAAGAGUUAGAGUUGAUGCUUUGUGGAAUGCAGGAGAUAGAUCUGAGUGACUGGCAGAAGAAUACAAUUUACCGACAUUAUACUAAAAACAGCAAGCAGAUCCAGUGGUUUUGGCAGGUGGUUAAAGAGAUGGACAAUGAAAAAAGAAUUCGUUUGCUCCAGUUUGUAACAGGAACCUGUCGGCUGCCUGUAGGUGGUUUUACUGAGCUGAUAGGGAGCAACGGACCUCAGAAAUUCUGUAUUGAUAAAGUAGGGAAAGAGACAUGGUUACCGAGAAGUCAUACUUGUUUCAAUCGAUUGGAUCUACCUCCCUACAAAAGUUUUGAACAGCUAAAAGAAAAACUGCUUUAUGCCAUUGAGGAGACAGAAGGUUUUGGCCAGGAGUGAAGCACUGCUCAACUGCUAUCAGAUGUACUGUAAAUUGAACUGAGGAAAAUGUGCAACGUUUUUUUGAAACAGGAGGAUUGCCACAUUAGAAUUUUACAUAUCUCAUAUCCUGGCUCUUCAGUGUAAGGACAAAAUAAAAGUCAGUGCUGGAAUGAAACAGUAGGCCUCAUUUGUGUAGUCAGUGUGUUGCAUAUGUAUUUUCAAUUUUAAGGAAAAUACAUAUUUCUGGGGCCACUUAGUUCAACCAGUGCCAUUCCCAUUAUCACCUGGUAUCAGAUAAAAUUAUAUACUAUAAGUCCUGGUAUGAAAAUGUAAACACUGCAGCAUUUCAAUUAUAUUUUUAAUUCCCAUAUUCCAUUCAAGUAUAUUUUCUUGUUUAGGAAAUUAUUGUGUGAACAUUUGAAUUACAUAUUUAUGCUGAAAAGGCCUUGUUGCCAUAUUCAUUUAGUGAUAAUAAAUAGCACUAUUUAACACAGAAUAAUAAACAAGCACUUUAAACAUAUUUUUAACUUCUUUAUAAUUUCAUUUUAUAUUAAAUUAAUUACAUAUGUAACUGUCAUCUGAUUAUGAUGUGUGCUACUAAAUGGCAGUAAUGUACUUGGAUAGUACUGUAUGCCUUUGAUUUGAAAUUUGCUUCUGGAAAACUAUUUAUAUUUUGCUCCUUUUUCAUGAGGUCUUUCUACUCUGUUUAGAUAUUUUGGAUUCAGAUUUUAAAACAUUAUAGAUGCUUUCAGUUAAUUAUUCAAGGGAUGCUUGUUUAUUAAAAAAGAGCUUUAUAUGCUAGUACUGUACCUUUACACUUGCAACCAUUGUUACUGACAUUAAUCAAAGUAUAGGUAAGAAGGUACAACUUAAUGUUGUCCACUUUUGUUAUGUUUUUAAAAGGUAUGAAAUUUGCUUAAGUUGAAAUAAUGUUAACAUUCCAUAAGAAUGAUUAAGUUUUUAUUUCACAUUGUUUAAAGUGUAUCAGGCAUGAAAAUAAUGAAAAACUUAAAUUCAUCUCCACAUGUCAUGAAUUUCUAUAGUUAGAGUGUUAAUCCGAGGUUUAAUUUCAUUGUUAUUCAUUACUAAGCUAAAUUAGUUUUAGCUGGCCUCUUUUAUGUUGAUCUUCGCUUGAUGCAAGGAAAAUUUCACUGAACAAAAAAAUUCACCAUAUGUAUUAUAUCAGUUAUUUAAUAUAAAGUGAUUUUAUAACUAACUCUUCCAAAAAUAGAAUUUACCCUAAAUUCCAAUGAUGAAUGAGGAAACCUAAAACUGUGAUAGGAACAAAAUAAUGUUAAAUAGUGUUUACAACAUAUUUUAAUAAAAGCAGCAGCUAAGAUUGGUUUGAUAUAAUAAAACAAAAAAAAAUCUUAAUUAUUUUUUAGGUCUGUGUAUUAUUCACAUACAAAACAGUGCAUAAAUAAUUUGACAUUAGUGUGAGCAAUUGAAUGAGCUUCACUAAUGCUGGCCAAGUCAUUAUGACAUAUCUUAAACUGUGAUAAAUGGGAAUUAUAUUACAAAUAAUAAUUAAUAUGUUGCAAAUUUAAGAUCUUGAAGGUUAUAUGAUCUUGCUAUCAUGUGAUUGUUAAGAAAAUGCAUUAAUGAAGGCCUAAUCAUAACUAGUCCAUGAUUUCACUCAUCACUCACUAACAGCCAUUUCUAUUGCCAGGAUUCAGUGCCUCCAUACACACUCCCACCAUUAAUAAGAUUUCAUCAGCCAAAAAUAUAUACAGAAAAAAGCGUUAUUACUUAUUCAGCUUAGUGCCUUUUAGAAAAGCAAUUUGAAAGUGAUUAUUCUGCUCUGUUUUUAUGUUCUUAUCUAUAAAGAUAUAUAAUAGUAUAAAAGGAUGUAAAGUGCAAAUGGAUUCUUUUAAUACAUCUUUAUACAUCUAAAGUUCAAAUUAUUAACACACUUUGGCACUGUACACUUUAUACCAAACCUCACAAAAGCCAUUUUUUUGUAAUAAAUGCACAAAUGUAAUCUUCAAAACAAAUAUUACAAAUUUUAAAAGAGAGAGCCAUGACUGUUAAAGUAAAUUGAAAUAAUUGUACACAUCCUAAGAGAGAACUACAACACCUGAGAGCAACAGAUUUUUCAUUAUUUAAUCUACUAAAAAUAUAAAAUACAUCUUAAACUGUUGCUUAGAAUAAAUGCAAGACAUCAUCUGUUAUAAUUGCAGACACUUUCAAUAGCCCUCUUUAGCAAAUUCCUCUUAAUAGUCCUUUUAUUAAAUUACAAAGAAUACAGUAUAGUAGCUGCCAGUUGCCUUUCACAGGAUGGCUCUUAAAUCAUAUUAUCUCCAUCACAGAUCUGAUGAACUUAAAUCAUUAAUUAUAUUUCAAUAGGCAGCAGCAGUGGUUUUUCUUUAUAUGAAAACAUUUAACUACUAUCACCUGUACAUAUUGUAGUGUAGUACAAGUCAAGCUCAGAAUUGUACUUUUUUAAAACUGAGUCAUUAAUUAAUUUUCCAUCUUGAAAUAAUGGUUUACUUCACUAUUUUCUCUUUCUUAUAUUUUCUUACUGGAAACAUAAAAUGUGAUUGAAUUGAAAAAUUAAACUAAUGUCUGUCAACUCUAUAUUGAUUUAUUACAUGUAAGUGAAACAACAUGAGGAUAAUGGUUAUUGUAAUUAAUUUACUAAAUCCCUUACUCCAAUGUGACUAACAAUAAAAAAACUAUAUACUGUAUCUGCAACAUCUUCGUAGUCUGCAAGGCUGUGCAAAGCUAUAAUCCCAGUAAGAACAUAUAUGUCAUGUUUAUUUUACUUAUAGCACUGACCAUUCCUAACAUAAAUGGGUUAUGAAAUAUUAGUUCCCCUGAGUCGCAUCAACAGUGAGCACCAAACAUCAGAUCUUUAAGACCACAAGUUAUUUUGCUAGCUUUUCAGACUGAGAAAUAAUAACUCACCAGAGGCUGAUGAAAAUUGCCCUGUACCCUGAUUAAAGAUCUUAUCAUUUUGCAUGGCAGCAUGCUUUUCAAAGUCCACACAAACCUGUAUUUGUAAGCAAACAGCAAGAAACAAACAAGGAGUGAAGCAGUGAGUGAGAUUAACCUCUUGUUAAUUUGUAGAAUGUAUAAAUAUAGCAUAAAAUUUUUACAAGGUACAGAUUUUACAUAAUUAAAACUAGGUUUUUAGUCAGCACAGCACAAGGAAGAACAGUCUGGAAGCAAUAUGCUAUAGCUAAUUACAAAAGGCCACCCCACCCUAUAUUUUGUAAAAUUGGUCAUUUAAAGAGCAAUAAGCUCCCUAGUGAUGUCACUCGAGAGCCACCCUUCCUGACUCAAAAUGUGCCGACUGAGAAGUACCCAAAACAGAAUACUUUGACUCUGUAGCUCAUUUGAACUUUUCAAAAGAUGUUUUUUAAUAGCUGCAUGUGAACAAGGCUGUCUGUAAGAGUCUGUUUUUAAAGACUAUACUAAGAAAAAGAUUUGUUUUAUUUAUUUUUUAUAGAACGGUUGUAGUAACUUAUUAGGGCACAAAUUGCUCCUUGAAAUGAUAGGUUUUACAUAAGCAAAAAAAUAUUCCAGGACAGAAACAUUACAUACAUCAUAACAGCUGGAUGUGACGUCACAAAGUUAAUGGAUCUAAAAUUCACCAUGUAUAAAUCCCCUACUAAAAUUCGCCUCUGCUAGCCUCUUCUAUCUGCUGAGGCUAUUUGUUUAUUUUUAAAAGCUUUAAAUAAUGUUCAAAAUGGCAUCUCCUGGCAAGUGCCAUUUUCCUGCUUUGUUGGUUACUGAAUAUUUUUACCCUAUACAACUUUUUAGUGGAAACCAGUCACGCGUAAAACAUAUGCUUAACUUUUUCUCCUGAAAGGCAUUUCUAAAUAAAAUAGAGCGAGCAUACUGUAACUAUUAUACAUCUUUUUUGGUACAGAGUGCAAUAAAAUUAUUCUGAAUCAAUGACAGAAAAUUGCAGCCUUAUGUUAGUAGCUGAGUGUGGUCAGUUGAAGUUAAUAUCUCGUACAGAGUUGGUUACUGGUAGGAAAAUCUGGGGAGAAAAAUAAAUGCAUUUAAUUGCUGGCCUUGUAAAAUGGACAAAGUAUCAUAUGUAGAUAUUAAACAGUAUAUUUAAAUUAGUGAGCUACAAUUUUUAAAUACAGGAAUACAGGAUACUCAAAAGAAAUGUUAUGUGGAAGGCAGAUACUCUAAAAAUUUACUACUGAAAUACUAUGUAUAAAUCACAUAAGGACAAAGCAUUGUAUCCUAUUUCUUUAAAAAGCUGCACUUUGACUUAAAGUAAUAAUAAAUAUCUGAGCAAAUUCACAUAUGUGCAAAAUCAACCUAGUUUGAAGAAAUCUCCCUGACUAUUUCAGAUGACUGGAAUGGUCAGGAAGUGGUAAUAGUAUGGUGGAAUGUAGCAGAUCUGUAUUCAUCCCAUUACUAAGUUUGAUAAGUUAUCAUUAAUCACAUAAAAUUGCUCCUGGAAGCUUGGUUUGUUUUUCCAUAGGGCUCGUGGGAUAAGCAGCAGGAGAUGUGGACUGUGUCAGCACUGAGCUGUGGAAUAAUUGUCCUUUGACGAAGCCAGUGAUUUACAACUGGGUGUAAUUGAGGCUCGUACGCAUAUCACAAUGAAAACAGAAGUUCUGAUCCCAACUGGACUGCCUUUACAUUACUGAAAUUUUAUUGUUUUUGGGGUCAAGAGGUCUUUUAAGUACAAUUUGAAACUGCUCUGAGUGUUUCUGGUCUUAAGCAAUAGACAGUAACGUUAAACAACAUUCUAAGAUACUGCCUUACAUUUUUGACUAAUAAUGCAUUGUACUGGAAAACUUCACAUUGUAUCUUUGUAUUUAGGUUAUCUGUGUUUAUUUACUCCUGAAAGGUAAUAAAUACAAUUUAUAAUAUUAUGAGAGAGUUCUUAAAGAAAUACAAGAAAAAUUAAAGAAAUGUAGAAAUAUAUGGCCCGCCAUUCAUCCAUCUUCCAAAUCCACUUAUUUCAUUACAGGCUUGCAGUGCACUGGAACGUAUCCCAGCAGUAUUUGGUGUAAGACUGGAUCCAAGCAUGGCCUUGCUGCAAAGUGCAUUGCAGGUAUAUAAGAUAAAAAAGAUAAAGUCUAGUUGGUGUAGAAUCGGAACUUAUUUCACUUAACGGUGUAUAAAUGAAAUAUUUUCGAGUUAAUGAUACAUUUUUUUCUUAUCUGUGAAAUUUAGUGAUGAAAGAAAAUAUUUUUGAAAUUGCAUGUUUAGGCUUCUAUGGGAUUUUUAAAUGAAAAUGAGGCAUGUAUAACAAAUGUAAUGAUCAUUAUUGAUCAAUAAAUAUACCAGCAUCUUGUCUUUAUACACUAAAUGCAUAUGUGAAGUAAUAAAA